AUGUCCAACGCAGCCACCUUCCUAAGCAUCGCCAUUCUAGGGUGCUAUCUUCUCAUCGCGCUGGCAGUCUAUACACGUGGACGUAAUAUUCCGCUGCCGAGGAUGCCGUCUUCGGUCGGGUCUCUGUUGGCAUACACGGCCGGCAGUAGAGCCUACGGAGACUUCUCGACUUAUGCGGGGGGCAGGCAAGAUGAUCUCGCUUCGUCGGGGUAUACCUAUACUUUUGGCAGCUACAUCGGCAAGGAUGGGCGUCCGCAUAUCGGCAUUGAGCGAGAUCCGUUCGUCGAGAAGCUUGACAGCGGCCGUUUUAGGAGCUGGGGGGCGCGUCGGAGGAAGCGUGGGGGGUUCGAACAGAUUGGGGACGGGACGUGGAUCUGA